GUGGUUGUUCUAAGUAUUAUAUUGUAUAUACGUAACUUUUCAGUCUACCAGUUAGAGUGAAGUGUAAACACCUUACUUCCCUUUAUGUCCCUUUACCCUCCCCUGUUUAAUUAAUAACCUCCCCUUAAUUAAAAUUAAGUAUUUCCUCUACAUGCAUUGAGAACUCCAUCAUAUAGUGUUAUAACUUGUGCUUUGACCAUCAAAAAUAAUUUUAAAAACUCAAGGGAAGAAGAAUGUUUAUUGUACUUACCCAUAUUUUUUCUUACUCUGUUCUUUAUUCCUUCUUGAUACCCCAAGAUUCCUUCUUUAUUGUUUACUUUCUGUUUGCCAUUCUUUAGCCAUUUUUUUAGGGUAGGUCUGCUAGAAACAAAUUCUCUUCAUUUUCCUUCAUAUGAGAAUAUCUUGAUUUCCCCUUCACUCUUGAGGGAUAUUUUCACUGGAUUUAGGAUUCUGAACUGACAGUUCUUUUCUUUUAGCACUUGAGAAAUAAUGUGCCACUUCCUUCUGGUCUUCGUGGUUUCUGAUGAGAAAUCCUCUGCCAUUUGAAUGGUUUUUCCCAUGUAGGGACAGUGUCAUUUCUCUCUCAUUGCUUUCAAGAUAUUUUUCUUUGUCUUUUGAUUUCAGGAGUUUUACUGUGCUGUGUCUUGAUGUAUACUUCUUUGGAUUUAUCCUUUGACUUAUGUUCAGCUUCUUCACUCUACAGGCUUUUAUGUCUUUUUCCAAAUUUAGGAAGUUUUCAGGCCUUAUUUCUUCUAUUGUUUUUUGAGCCUGGUCCUCUUUUUCCUCUCCUUCUGGAACUCCGAUGACAUGAAUGUCAUCUUAUAGUCCCUCAAAUCCCUGAAGCUCUGUUCGUUCUUUUCUGGUCUGUUUUCUUACUACUAUUUGUAUUGGGUGACUUCUUUUGUUCUGUUUUAAAGUUCAGUGAUUCUUUCCUCUGUUCUUUCCAUCCUGCUGUGAGCCCAUCUAGUGAGUUUUUCAUUUUGGUUCUUGUAUUUUCCAAAUGUCCUAAAAUAUCCACUGGGUUCUUCUUUAUAUCUUCUAUUUCUGUGCUGAAAACUAGUCCAUUGUUGAGACUUUGUAUAUUUUUAUUUAUUUCGAGCACAUCUGUAAUCGCUCAUUGAUGCAUUUUUAUGACAGCUGCUUUAAAAGCUCUGUCAGAUAACUUUAAUAACUGUAUCAUCACAGUGUUGGCAUCUAUUGAUUAUCUUUUUUCCUUUAGUUUCAGAUCUUCCUGGUUCUGGGUAUGAUGAAUGAUUUUUGGUUGAAACUUGGACAUUUUGAAUAUCAUGUUAUGAGAUUCUGGAUCUUAUUUAAACCCUCUGUUUUAGCUGGCUUCUUGUGGCACUGCUUCAGCAGGAGAAGGGGGAGAGGCAGCACACCACCCACACCCACCACUUCCCUAACUGCUGGUGGGAGUGAAGUCCCGGCUCCUGUGGUCUCCACUGACACUAUGGAGAGAGCAAGCCUCAUUACCAUCUGACUUAUGGAGAGAUUUCUCAUGGAUGGAUUUCAGCCACAGCAGCUAUCCACGUACGCCCUGACCCUGUACAAGCACACGGCCACGGUGGACGGCAAGACCAUCCUUGUAGACUUUUGGGACACAGCAGGCCAGGAACGGUUCCAGAGCAUGCACGCCUCCUACUACCACAAGGCCCAUGCCUGCAUCAUGGUGUUCGAUGUACAGAGGAAAGUCACCUACAAGAACCUAAGCACCUGGUAUACGGAGCUUCGGGAGUUCAGGCCAGAGAUCCCAUGCAUCGUGGUGGCCAAUAAAAUCGAUGCAGACAUAAAGAUGACCCAAAAAAGCUUCAAUUUUGCCAAGAAGUUCUCUCUGCCCCUGUACUUUGUCUCGGCUGCCGAUGGUACCAACGUUGUGAAGCUCUUCAAUGAUGCAAUUCGAUUAGCUGUGUCUUACAAACAGAACUCCCGGGACUUCAUGGACGAGGUUUUGCAGGAGCUUGAGAACUUUGACUUGGAGCAGGAGGAGGAGACUAUGCCGGAGCAAGAGCAGCGUGGCAGCAUCCAGAGCCCAUCUCCCUCCUGAGUCAGAAGGAGGCCUCUCUCCAUGGCCAACUUGUUGGGUGCGGAGUGGCUUUCAGAAUACCCCGCCCUUCCGCAACCCUCCAGCUCUGCACUGAGAAACUCUUCCAGGCCAUCCCCUGCUCUACUUCCUACAAACUCAGCCAUCCCAUUUGCCUCCCCCACUUUCAUGGCCCAUGAUACCUGACCCCUCAACAGUUGUCCCCUCCCCUGUACUCAGGGACAGGGAUGGGGUCAGCACCAGCAAGCACUCUCAACAGGUGUUAGGAGGUCCAUACCACACCCUGAAGCAGAAUUAGGAAUCAGCAUCAUAACCCUUGCCCCAGGAUCGGACAGUGAAGAGAAUCAGGCAACAUGCUUUGUGUCUCUCUUAAAUAAAAGGAAAUUUAGGUGGUGUUUUUUUUUCCUCCCCUCAAACUGACCUCAGGAUCUAUUCAUUGCAUUUCCACCAAGGAAAUGGUUUCUAAUCCCUGACUACCCCCAUUCCCACCCCUGCAGAAUUGGGAGGCCUCCACCCUUUUUUCACAUGGUCUCCCAUUCUUUUUCCUCUUUAGUCUCCCAACCAACUUUUUUAAAAAAAUGAUUUUGAGCAGACAGCUGUUCCUUCCACAGGUUUUUCAGAAGGUGCGGCCAGUACAUUGAGGCUGCAGUCACAGGCACACAAGUGAAUGCAGGUGACAGGUCCAGCCUUCCUUUGCAGGACACAAAUGUGAUUGUCACUAACACAAAGGUCAAUACAGCCAUAUCACAAGGCACACCCAUUUGGGUUACAAGAAAUUAAGAAUUAAGACUUUAAGAAAGGCUUCCUUUAAAAGCCCUAUUUCAGCAUGUGAGGCUUUCCUUCCUUUUGAGAACCAGCGCGGACAUGGUGCCUCCUCAGUGGCGAGGGCUGCGGGGAACCGUGCUGCUGCCUGUCCACUUCUCUCCAGUACUUGUGGUUCACUAGUGUUUUUAUGAUUAUCUUGUGCAUCAUUUCCAUCGUUUUUAUUUAUAUUUGUUUCUGUUGUUUUCUUUUUUACAGUAAACGUUGAAUUAUAUAAACACUGAGUGUAUGUGCAUGCUUUGUGGGUAUGGAUUUCACCGAGCAAAAAGCCACAAAAGAACUUGUAGGUCAUCAACUACAUUAAUGGAGGGAGACCAUCUGGAUCUGUCAUGCGAGGGUAACCCAGGCUGACUCUUGAUUUAGCGUAAUAAAG